AUGGCGUCGUCGUCGAGCGAGACGAAAGCGCUGCUGGACGGCGGCGGGGGCGGUGGGGGCGACGCGACGCGGAUGAGCGGGCGCGGGGCGACGUCUCGGGGAACGGCGGAAGAGCGGGGACGUCGCGAGACGUACGGCGCCGCGGGUGAUGGGGUGGUGCGAGAGACGUCGACGCGACGGACGCGGCGACGUUGGCGCGACGCGACGCGGUGGAUGGCGGCGGUGAGCGCGACGCUCGCGUGCGUCUCGUUGGCGUCGCGGACGCGACGCGGGCGCGGCGUCGAUGACGUCGCGCGCGUUGAUGUGCUCGGUGCAGGACGCGCGCGGAUGCGUGUCGCGGUGGAGACGGAAUCGACGACGUCUGCGCUCGGUUGCGGCGUCACCGACGUCAGUUGCUGGACUAGAGCGUUGAAAGAACCGAGAAAACAAUACAAGAGCGCCGUCGGAAAGAUUACUGGUGUCAAGCGUCAGAUAAAUGACAUGACCGCCGCGGCGAGCAAGACGCAGGAGAUCGUCAACGCGCUGCAGCGCAUUCCGAAAGAAAUCGAUGAAAUGACCACUGAAGUGGAGACGACGUUCAACGGAGUCGUUGACAAAGUGAGAGGGUUCGUCGACGAUGUCACCAAUGGCUUACUUCCAAGUGACGCGGAUGCACUCGUCAAGAGUGUCUCGGGCUCAAUCGUCAGCGGACAAUCGGCAAAUCUCGGUGAUUCUCGACUCGGGCGUCGUGCCGGUCUCACAGAUUCCUUGGACUACGACGUGCUUCGAGCGCAACUCCAUGGAAUUUUCUUUCCCACCAAAUCCCCUUUGGACGACGCAAAUCUCGGUCUCGGUGUACCUACGAUUGACAAGAGUCAACUGACGCAACUGCUGAACAGCGCAAAGGCGUGCGUCAGCGAGCUGGCGACAGAGAUCAUGAACAAUGUGCCAAAGUUGAACGUCACGGCUACGCUUCCUCAAGUUUACCUGCCUCAGUUUGAUAUUUCUUUUCCCGACUGGGGCUCCAAGGUUCCUCAAAUGCCUUGGAACGGCCCCGAUCCCGCUUGGCAACUUCCAGAGUGGCAAUUCAAAGGUCCAUCUUUCAACAUUUCGCUUCCGAACGAGUGGGGGUCGAGCCCAAAGUGUGGCGAUAAAUGCGGCAAAGGCUGGAACUGGCCGGGCUUACCGAACUACGAUCCAAGCUUUGAUAUCGGCAUGAACAUUCCGGGCGUUGCAGGUUAUGACCCUAAGUUCCCGACGUUCCUAAACACGUCGAGUGUAGGCUUCGGGUGGAAUUUUGAUCUUCCUUCGCUCCCAACACUUCGGAGCACGCCAUCAAUGUGGGACAUUCCAAACAUGUCCUUGAGCCAACAGAUGGACCUUGCCAUAAAUAAAUGCGGAUCGAAAGAGAAUAGGCCUUGUAUUCUUCUGCAUCUCUCUGGAAAGGCGAGACUCGAUUACCUCACGGAUGAGCUUCCAAAAGGAACGCUCUUCUGCUACAACAUUCCUAUCGACGAAGUGUUCAAGCCUGACUUGCUCAACGUCGAAUACAAAAUGCCUUGGCCAUCGAAAAUGGGUGACUCACCAUGGGCGCCGGCGACUCUCAAAGCUGGCUUCCCGGUUGCGCGAUGGGAAGCGUGCGCUGGUCUUCUCGUGUUCGACAUCCCCAAGGCACUCGCCACAGACUUGUUGAACGUGUUGCGAUCUUUCUUCAAGACGGUGUUCGAUGAAAUUAAGCAGGAUGCUCUUGGAGCCGUGAAUGACAUCAAGGCGGAAAUUAUGGUCCCGGUGAACGAAGCAGCGAACCUUGCCGCGAGCGCAAAAGUUGUUGCGACGAAAGUGAAGGGUGAAGUUGAUGAUCUCAUCAAUAGCGUCAAGUCCAUCUCAGGUAAACGUCGACGUUUGCUUUCCAAGAGCGACGUUACGAUUCAUGAGGAUGCUCUUCACGAGGCGACAUCAACACUUCUUGAUUCGCACUAUCGAUCGAUCACGACUGUGCUGUCGCACGCGUCUGAAAUUUAUGACACCCGUAUGCGCGAGCUUGAGAAAAAGGUCAUGCGCAGCCUCGAAAGUACGCGUGUCGCGCUGAUCGAAGAUCCAUUGUUGUUGAAGGCAUCUACGCGUAGCGAGUUGGAGCGCUCCGCCGCGGCUCUCGGAGGAAAUCCGUUGCUGGAUGCCAGUAAAAAGGCCUCCGCUGCCUUGGACACGGCGAUGCAAGCCAUCAAGGAUUCUCACGUGAAGGUGGGCGUGCAAGCCGGUAUGAAGUUGCAAUUCCGCCUCGACGCGAAGGCCAACGCGUUCAAGUCUGGUGAUCUCUUGGAUCUUGUCGAUGGCAAGUUCCCGAAUCCGUACCAGACGCGUCAUAAUGUGAUGCUCGGUUUUGGCUUCUAUCUUGACGUCUUGGUAUCUGCAAAGUUGAGUUUGCCGUACUUCGCACGCCUGGACGCCCAGGCUGUUCUGGAAUGGACACUCAAGGUGGAUGAGCUCGAGUACGCCAUCGAGCUCGUCGAUGGUAAGGUUAACAUUAUCACCAAAGAGCCGCGCUUGAAACUGGAGCGAUACGGCGCCGCAUCGAUCGCUGUAGACAUGCAGGUCGGUCUCAUCCUCGAGAUUGCCCACGUUGACGUCAAGCUCUGCUUCGCAGGCGUCGCGUGUUCUGGUCCGGAGUCGGCCAUGACUCAGGGCGUGUACGCCGGUCUCGACAUGUUUGCCGCGGUCGCCGUGGGCAAUCCCGUCGAUUUCGAAGGCACGACGUCCCUUUCAGCCUAUUUUUCUGACUUUGAGUACAGCAAAGAGUGCACCCUCGGCGAGAAAAGUACCUUUGCCACUGGCAUCGGUGCCUACUUCGAAGUUCCAAAGACUGAGGCUAAGGUCGACAUCGUCACGUCCGUUCUCAGCGAUGAUUUACAACUCGAACCCGUGCACACGCUGAAACUCAUCGACACCACGGGCGGUGUUUUCGCACGAGGCGAAAUCUUCCCGAUGCAGUGCUUCGUCAAGUAG